GCGCCCCCGACGCGCGGCGCGCUCCCGCUGCGGGAGAACUCCAAACAGCUGAGCAUGAGUCUCUUCACCUACAGCAGACUGUCCCACAUUCUCAGGAUAUCCUCCCUGAAACUCUCAGCGGGACGGGCGGAGAUAACCCCGGGGUCCGUGGGCUGCGUCCAGCCCAAGAGGUGGCAGGGGUCAGGGGACAGUAAGGCGCUGCAGGAGAGGCAGAAGAAGCAGAUGGCUCGAGGUCUGCCCAAGCACAAGCCCAUCAGCGGCGUGGACCAGGUCAUCGUCGUCGCCUCAGGGAAAGGUGGCGUGGGCAAGUCCACCACGGCAGUAAAUUUGGCUCUUGGAUUAAUGGCCAAUGACCCGUCCAAGUCCGUGGGGCUGUUGGACGCUGACAUUUAUGGUCCUUCAAUUCCCAAACUGAUGAACCUGCGGGGAAACCCAGAGCUCAGCGACAAUAAUCGGAUGAUUCCUCUCAGCAACUACGGCGUCCCCUGCAUGUCCAUGGGUUUCCUGGUGGAGGACACGGCCCCCAUCGUGUGGAGGGGUCUGAUGGUGAUGUCUGCCAUCGAGAGGCUGCUGAGACAGGUGGACUGGGGUUCGUUGGACUAUCUGGUUGUGGACAUGCCUCCUGGGACAGGAGAUGUCCAGCUGUCAAUCACCCAGAACAUCCCAAUAGCAGGUGCCGUCAUCGUGUCCACGCCCCAGGACAUCGCCCUGCUGGACGCUCGCAGAGGAGCCGAGAUGUUCAAGAAAGUAAACGUGCCGGUUCUGGGUCUGGUGCAGAACAUGAGCGUCUUCCACUGUCCCAACUGCAACCACCAGACACACAUCUUCGGUUCUGACGGGGCCCUGAAGCUCGCCCAGACUCUCGGAAUCAAGAUGCUGGGUGACGUCCCCCUGCACCUGAACAUCAGAGAGACGUCAGACCGGGGACAGCCCGUGGUCGUGUCCUCCCCCGGCAGCCCCGAGGCGGCGGCGUACAGGAGCGUGGCGGCGGCGGUGCUGCAGCGGCUGCAGGAGGUCAACGCCUGACGGGCCAGACGGGCCUGGACCACCUGCUUCACGUGACCUCAGCUGUACACGCACAAACGUCUCUGCUGUCACAACGCACAGUUCUCCAUUAGCACCAGUGACCUGCUCUUUACUGCAUCACUGACGUCAGAUUCAAUAAAGCCGUUUACCUGGACAGAGCAAUAAUGGGCUAGAAUGGAGCUUUUUAAUCUUACAAUCUAUUUAUCUCAAAGUUUGGAUAUUGUGCUACAACUCAACUCUCUGCAUCAAAACAUAGCUCAGUGUUUAAUAGUCUUUUUUUUUGAGAAAUAUUUGUAUUGACUUUUUCAAUUACAGUACAAAGACACAAAACAGAACAAGGCACAUUAAUACAUACAAAUAGGCACUUGAAGUUAUUCCAAAUAUAGAGAUUUAAGUGGUAUAUUUUACUGCUGUGAUAACUGACCAGUGGUGGCUUGUCAAUAGGGGGCGCUAGGGCGCCGCCCCCCUUAAAAUUACAGGAAAAAAUAUAGACGGUACACAUAAAUGACAUAAUAAAAAGUAAUUAUCACAUCUGUGCACUCAUAAAA